GAAAUGAGUGUUUCAUAAAGUGACUUAUUAAUUGAUUUUUUAUCUAUUGAUUUCAGCCGAUGUCCCAAGAUUGUGUUAUCUAACAAAUUUGAUAUACAUGCACUUCUCUAUAUCUACUUAACUGAGCACGCGGCCCACAUUUGUCUCCGAAUGAUUUUCUUAUUUUUACACCAUUUGAUAAUGAAGUGCAGUCAGAAUUAAGUACUUUCUAAGAGUUGGAAAGAGAAACUGUUAAUGUUUAUGAACACGUGGAAUUAGUAUUAAAAUCAUUAGACACAAAGACGCAUCAACGAUGCUUAAACAAGUCAAGGAAAUCAAAGAAGAUGCUAAGCCUCAAGAAAAUGAACCAAAGAAACGUGAGGAAGAAUGUUUAAUAGAGAUUCAGACAAGCCAGCAGGUUGGCUGGGUGCCGGAUGGAAGCUGGGGUUGGAUGGUCGUCCUGGGAGGAGUCAUCGUACAUGUGUUUAUUGGUGGCAUAAUGAAGGCCAGUGGUGUGAUGUACAUGAAACUGAAGGACGAGUUUAACCAGAGCUCUGUGGCCACGGCAUGGGUCUUCUCCCUUUUCACAACUUCUCUCCAAUUGAUGGGCCCGGUCGCGACCGCAAUGUGUAACCGCUGGUCUUGUCGGUCUGUGGUAUUACUCGGAAGCGUGUUGUGUUUCAUUGGUAUUGUCAUCUCGGCAUUUGCACCAAACAUUGAGUUCUUGUACUUCUCCUAUAGUAUCGUCGGCGGAUUUGGUCGUUGCCUAACUUAUUCACCUAGCCUUAUCAUGGUGACGAACUACUUUAACAAACGGAGAGGUCUCGCCGUCGGCAUAGCAACCGCUGGCACGGGGUUAGGCAUGUUCAGCUUUCCACCGCUUAUAGAGGCGUUGUUUGGGGAGUACGGCUACCAAGGCGCUUUGUUGUUACUUGCCGCCAUCUCCCUCCAUACGUUCGUCAGUGCCGCCCUCUUUCGACCGCUUGACCUCCAUAAACGCAUCUCCAAGAUAUCCAGGAUCAACGAAUUAGUCAUGUUACACCGAAGAGGCAGUGUGGACGCUGGAUUGAUCUUACAAGAGGUAUCAACUCCCAAACCGUGCAAUCGAAUGUUAGAACAACCGAGAGAAGAUAACUUGCAUGCCACUAACGGGUUAUCUUACAAAUCAGAGUUCACGUCAGACAUUUCCAAACCUUUGCGCCGGAAGUCCGUUUUAGAGGAAAAAUUGGGGCAAAUGAAGUCUCUACUCAAGUCCAACGUUCCGAAAGAACAGAGGAAGCCAUUCCUAGAGUUAUCACUAUUGAAGGAUUUUCCGUUUCUUUCCCUUUGUAUAGCAAUUUUACUAUAUACCAUGUCAAUGAUGUCGACAUUUGUCUUUCUACCGCCAUUGGCGAAAUCGAAGGGAGUUUCCCAACUCCAGGCGGCGUCUUUAGUCUCAAUUAUAGGAAUCAGUGACUCUGUUGCCCGGUUUACAUCCGGUUUUGUACUCGACAUGAAGCGCGUGAAACCUUACAGAGUGCUCGUGUAUAACGGUGUCAUGUUUUGCGUCGGUAUCGUCUCCAUGGUGAUGCCCUCAUUGGAAAGCUUUAGCGAAUUUGCAGCACUUUCUGUGAUGUUUGGCAUCUUAUCAGGGACAUACGUGGCCCAGAAGUCGGUCGUGGUAGUGGAUUUUCUUGGUCUGGAAAAGAUGGCCAGCUCCUUCGGACUUCUACUGGGUUUUCAGGGGAUUGGGUCGCUUAUCGGACCCACCAUCUCAGGUUUACUUCGGGACGUUUUUGGAACUUAUGACGAGGCGUUCUAUUUCGGCGGAAUCGGUAUCUUCUUCGGCGGUUUCGUGCUGCUGUGUGGGAACGUUGUAAAAUUUGUCAGAGAUCGCCGCCGACGGCGACAGGAAAAGGCGGAUGAGGAGGAGGAGGGGGAGGAGGAGGAGGAUGAGGAUGAGGAGGGGAGCAGCGACAACGAUAAUGGGGAAAAGAGAGAAAAGAGUCAUGAGACACUUUAG